GCGAGAUGAAAAACAACGAAGAACGGUCCAAAUCAGAGGGAGAGAACUGAUAAGUGGAAGCCGGGAGAGUCAAUCACCACAGCUUCUCGGAGAGCUCUUCCCGCUGAAUGGCAUCGAACGCCGAUUCUGCGGAGCCAUUCAAGCCCUAUAAGCUCAAGCAAACCCUAAUCGGCCACAAAUGCGCCAUCUCCAGCGUCAAAUUCUCCGACAACGGCCGCUUUCUCGGCACCUCCUCCGCCGACAAGACUGCGCGCGUCUGGUCCGUCUCCGACGGCGCUCUCGUCCACGAGUUACAGGGCCACGACCAGGGCAUCUCCGACGUCGCCUUCUCCUCUGACGGUCGGUACCUGGCCACCGCCUCCGACGACAAGACCCUCCGUCUCUGGGAUGUCGCCACCGGCUCCGUCGUCAAAACCCUAACGGGUCAUACCAAUUACGUAUUCUGCGUCAACUACAACCCCCAGUCAAACAUGCUCGUCUCUGGCUCUUACGACGAGACCGUGAGGAUUUGGGAUGUCAAGAGCGGGAAGUGCCUCAAGGUGCUGCCGGCUCACUCGGAUCCGGUCACUGCAGUGCAUUUCAGUCAGGAUGGGAAAUUGAUUGUAUCUAGCAGCUACGAUGGGUUGUGUAGGAUUUGGGAUGCUUCAACUGGGCAUUGUUUAAAGACAUUGAUUGAUGAUGAGAACCCGCCUGUCAGUUUCGUCAAGUUCUCACCAAAUGGAAAAUUUAUUCUGGUUGGAACUUUGGAUAAUACAUUGCGUCUUUGGAAUUACUCGACAGGUAAAUUCUUGAAAACCUACAGUGGGCAUGUAAACUCAAAGUACUGCAUAUCUUCAACAUUUUCCAUCACAAAUGGGAAAUAUGUCGUUAGCGGUUCUGAAGAUAACUGCGUAUAUUUUUGGGAGCUUCAGACGAGACAAAUUGUUCAAAAGCUGGAAGGUCACAGUGACGCGGUUAUAUCAGUAGCAAGCCACCCCACGCAGAACAUGAUUGCUUCUGGUGCCCUUUCGAAGGACAAGACAGUAAAGAUUUGGACUCAAGAGGAUUAAUUUGUUCUCGUAACAAUUUUUUGUAGGCCAAAGGAGCAUCCCUUUGGAAAUCUGGGAUUACGGCACACACCGAAAUAGCACCCAAGCCUGCAAUUUGGCUUAGCAUUUCUCUGCAAUCCACAACCCCUUUGUGUUAUUAUGGAAGAAAGCUUGUGUUCCAUGGUUCUCUCUCUCAUUAUGAUGUUUGGAGUGUGAUGCAGAUUUAUUUAGUGUCAUUUAUCUUUUGUAAGCAAACUUUUUGAAGUGCAAGUUUUAGAUAAAUGAAUUCUAGAUUGUUGUGAGAUAUAUAGCUUUCAGUGGUUCAAUGCAACUACACUUGCAGAGUGGAGAAAAAAGAGCCAAAAUAUUU